CAGGGACCUAGGGGUCCUAAAAAGGCGGGAGGUGGGUCAAGGCAGAGGACCCAGGACACGUAAGAGCUGGUGUGCGUGAGGUUCCUCUGUGGGGUAGACAGAUAGAACAGAGGGACAGAGCGGCGAAAGUAGAAUCAGAGAGGGUACCUGGGAAAAAAUAAGGGUCCCUGAGGUUUGGUCGAGAAGGUUGGAAGGAAAGACAGGCCUCGGUGGGAAAGAUCUGGGAGGCAAUGAGCAAAGCGUGAGAAAUGUGGUAGAGAAGAAACUUAAGGUAGAGGAAAAAGUGCUGUCUGGGGUACUGUGCAGGGUGAGAAGUCUAGGAAACCGGAGAAGCAAGGCUGAGAAGGAAGAGAUUCACUGUAUGAGCCCUAAGAAAGAAAUGUAACAGGAAGUGGGUCUAAACUAAAAGAGCCCUCCAUGUACCCCCUCAGCGUCAUCCCAGUUAUUUUCUUACCCUUGUUUGUUAGAGUUGUAGAUUCUCACUUUUUAAAUUUUUGUUUGAAUUCUAUGCUUUUUUUAAAAAUCGUGACUGAUCUUGUCUGAAGACAGUGGAAUGUUUAAUGGAACAUGGACCUCUAGAUAUGAGAUGUUUAGGAAAUAAGGUACUUUUUCCCCCUCCAAAGUCAAGAAUUUACUGCUUCCAGGAAGAUUUGAUGCAUUACCAACCACAUUGUGUCAUACCUUCUUUCGCCUCAGUCCCUUCUCUCAUAAGCAAAACUGUUUACUGUUGUGACUCUUAUUGACCCCUACUUACAUGUUUGAUAGCUGCAGCUGUGCCCUAGUCUCCCCAGUCUGAGCCCUUCAAGCAUCAGUGGUAAGCUUGAUAUGUUCCUGACUAGUUCACAUGUCAGUUCUAGGCCUUCCAUCAUCAUGACCAAGCUGAAGAAUGUUGAGGACUGGCUGUCUCCCCUUACUGCUACUUGUUCACUUAGCCUAGAUGACGUUCAUAUGUUCAUAUCCUUAGGAAAGCACGGAAAACAGGUGUCUGACUACCUAGAAUAUUUCCACUUAAGAGAACUUAAAUUCUGAGGACAAGACCAGAUAAAAGGCCAAAUCAGACAGUCUUUGAAAGUAUAGCAUCUUGUUUAGUAGAAAUAUAUUAUAUGCCUAGCCAGGAAUCCCUCAUCCCCUCAUGGGUCUGCCAGUAGGUCAGUCACUUAGUGUUAUGGGGGUGACUUCAGCCUUCCCCACUAACAGCCUAAAGCCAGAGAAUUCAGACAGCUCCCUGGGUCAUGAGAACACAAGAGUGGCUCCUGAGAUAAAAAUAAGGUCUUUAAAGAAGAAAAUAGCCUUACCAUUGGAAAGCAGGAAAAGUUUCACUGGAACUUCUAGGGUGGGCUCCAGGGUGGUGGGAACUGCCUUCACUUUGGCAGCUUCAGAAUUAUAUCUUGCCCUAGUCAGUAGAUGCUGAUGUCUCAAGCACAAAACAUAAUGUCUUUGUUGCCUACUGAGUGCAGUUAGUUCAAUUGUAGCUUCUGGGCAAUCCCCUUCCUUCCAGCAGGUUAAGGAUACAACAUGUUUUAGGACUUGGCUCAGAAAUAAGUCCUGACUUUUUUCCAGUGGUAAUGCAACUGAAAGUUUCUUCUUUAUUUCUUCUUAGUUUAAAUCUGCAGCUUGUACUUCCCAGCAUGGGAAGAACGUUAUCCCACCUUUUACCCUGUGCCCUCCAGCAUCCACAAAGGAAUUAUUUUCUCCCAGACUGGCCAUCUCUCUUCUCUCAGCACGCACACAAAGUAGCCAAGGAAAAAUAAAGAUAAGUUAUUGUUGGGCAGCUAUUUCUAGCCUCAUUUUACUCUGUGGGAAGAAAAAAGUGUGGGACCCUGUAGGUGCAGACAAUGCCACAGACAGAGGGACUCCCUUUCGUUGUUGGUCUCUUGACCCUGCUGGAGAAGGCUCUGAAUUCUGGGCUGUUUGAUUUGCCUCCUCUUCUCAGAAGAGUUUUGGGCUCUGUAUUGGAAACAGAGAGACAGGUUCAAGGUCUGUCAGACAAAAACAUCUAAGAAAGGGUAGUGCUGAUAUGAAUGGCCUGGUCUCUCCUGGGGUAGCAUCAACUUUGUAGAUUCUGCUGGAAUACCUAUGCUGGCAUAGUCCUUGAGCCAAGAAGCCCUGUUUCUACCUUAAAGAUAUUUAGUGAGUGUCUAGGUUGACUUUUUCCUCAGCCCUGUAAUCUCUGAAGAGACAUGGGCAGGAAAUUAUUUUUCUCAUCCAUAAACCUGUUUUUAGUUCAAGGAUUUCAGUCACUAAGAUGUAGACCCAAAAACUGUUUAUUUUGUCACCCAAGAAAGCAAGCAAGCAGGUUGGCCCCAAACCUUCCAGCUAUGGAAAUAUUUAACUUUGUGCCAUGGUGGAAAGAAACCCAGACUAGAAACCUGGAUUCUAUUUGUCCUACUUCUAUCACUAACCAGAUGGGUGACUCUGGGCUUAGCUGCUGCUUCUCUUAAAAACAAGAAGUUGCAGAUCAUCUCUAAGUCCAUUCUAGCUCCGAGAUUCCCCAGGUUCUAGAACACUCCUGCUCCAAGAUCCUCCACAGGAAGAGAGGCUUAUUAAAUUAGCUUGUCAGAACAAAGUUCUUUGUUAGCAGAGUAGCCUCAAAACAUCUUUCUGGUCCAAACAACAGUGAGCUCUUUUGAUUAGCAUGCAUUAAGGACUUCUGGCCAGGACUGCCACCAAAGGCAACUGUUGCUAUGUCUUCCAAGUUUUUGCCACCCCAUCCUACUCAGAAUACUUAGUUGAGACUUCAGUGCAAUUUCAAACUUCACCUGAUGGAGCUAACCCUCUUUUGGACAUCACUGGCUUCAAAACUGAUUAUUGUAACACUCAAAUUGAAUUCCUCACUCUACUUUGCCCAGCCUGUUCAAACAUAGAGCAGUGACUUUGUGGGGCCUUUCUAUAAACACAGGGAUUGUAUACUCAAGAGUAUACCCUGAAAACCCAGAAAGUAUCAUCGCAUGUGCAUCCCACCUAGUGAUUUAAACUGUUUAGUUUGGACCUUUAAUUCCUUAAGUCCUGAAAUGAGACAUGGGAGGGGUAUGACUGUUUCUGCUCCCACCCAUAAACCUUAGACUUCUCUCUCUUCUGCAGCCUAAAUUGGGAGGACAGGGAAGCACAAAGAACAAGAGAAAAGAUGCACUGAUCUGAGGUCUAACAGGAGACAACGAGGCGAUAUUUUCCCACUGCCCAGAUGUUGUGUUUCCAGCUCUUACCCCUUCUUAUUUUAGAGCCCGGCCAUUCCUAGGAUGACCUGGGAAUUCAUCCCUUCUACACUGCUCCCCAAGCACUUGGAUAAGAAGCUGAGCUGUCUUCGUCCAUGUUAUAUGUAGACAGAAUGUCACCAUUUACAGCCUGGUGAAAAAUGAAGCAGAUCUUCCUGCUGUAAAGACAGACACAUGAGCUAAGAAAAGCAGAAUCUAAGAUGGACAUAGAAGACUGCAAUGGCCGCUCCUAUUUGUCUGCUGGAGAGGGAUCCCUCAGGAGGGUGUGUUCCGGAUUUCUUGCCUCAGGCCCACGACUCCAACCAUUUUAUAAUGGAAUCUUUAUUUUGUGAAAGUAGCGGGGACUCAUCUUUGGAGAAGGAGUUCCUCGGGGCCCCAGUGGGGCCCUCGGUGAGCACCCCCAACAGCCAGCACUCUUCUCCCAGCCGCUCACUCAGUGCCAACUCCAUCAAGGUGGAGAUGUACAGCGAUGAGGAGUCGAGCAGACUGCUGGGGCCAGAUGAGCGGCUCCUGGAAAAGGACGAUAGUGUGAUUGUGGAAGACUCAUUGUCGGAGCCCCUGGGCUACUGUGAUGGAAGUGGGCCAGAGCCUCACUCCCCGGGUGGCAUCCGGCUGCCCAAUGGCAAGCUCAAAUGUGAUGUCUGUGGCAUGGUCUGCAUUGGACCCAAUGUGCUCAUGGUGCACAAGCGCAGCCAUACGGGUGAAAGGCCCUUCCACUGCAACCAGUGUGGUGCCUCCUUCACUCAGAAGGGGAACCUGCUGCGCCACAUCAAGCUGCACUCUGGGGAGAAGCCCUUCAAAUGUCCCUUCUGCAACUACGCCUGCCGCCGGCGUGAUGCACUCACUGGCCACCUCCGAACACACUCGGUCUCCUCUCCCACGGUGGGCAAGCCCUACAAAUGUAACUACUGCGGCCGGAGCUACAAACAGCAGAGCACCCUGGAGGAGCACAAGGAGCGGUGCCACAACUACCUGCAGAGUCUCAGCACUGAAGCCCAAGCUCUGGCUGGCCAACCAGGUGAUGAGAUACGUGACCUGGAGAUGGUGCCAGACUCUAUGCUGCACUCAUCCUCUGAGAGGCCAACUUUCAUUGAUCGUCUGGCCAACAGCCUCACCAAACGCAAGCGUUCCACACCCCAGAAGUUUGUAGGUGAGAAGCAGAUGCGCUUCAGCCUCUCAGACCUCCCCUAUGAUGUGAACUCGGGUGGCUAUGAGAAGGACGUGGAGCUGGUGGCACAUCAUGGCCUGGAUCCUGGCUUUGGAGGUUCUCUGGCCUUUGUUGGGGCAGAACAUCUGCGUCCCCUCCGCCUUCCACCUACCAAUUGCAUCUCAGAACUCACUCCUGUCAUCAGCUCUGUCUACACCCAGAUGCAGCCCAUUCCCGGUCGACUGGAGCUUCCAGGGUCCCGAGAAGCAGGUGAGGGACCCGAGGACCUGGCUGAUGGAGGUCCUCUCCUCUACCGGGCCCGAGGCCCCCUUACUGACCCUGGGGCUUCCCCUAGCAAUGGCUGCCAGGACUCCACAGAUACAGAAAGCAACCACGAAGAUCGGGUUGGGGGAGUGGUAGCCCUCCCUCAGGGUCCCCCACCCCAGCCACCUCCCACCAUUGUGGUGGGUCGGCCCAGUCCUGCCUACACCAAAGAGGACCCCAAGCCACAGGAGGGGUUACUACGGGGCACCCCAGGCCCCUCCAAGGAAGUGCUUCGGGUGGUGGGCGAGAGCGGUGAGCCUGUGAAGGCCUUCAAGUGUGAGCACUGCCGCAUCCUCUUUCUGGACCAUGUCAUGUUCACUAUUCACAUGGGCUGCCAUGGCUUCAGAGACCCGUUCGAGUGCAACAUCUGUGGUUACCACAGCCAGGACCGGUACGAAUUCUCCUCCCACAUUGUCCGGGGGGAGCACAAGGUGGGCUAGUGACCCCCUGCCCUCCCCUCAGUCUGCCACUCCACUGCCCCACCUAUAGAAGUCCAGCUCUGUCCCCACCUUAUCCCAAGGAGUUUUGCUGUGUAGCCCCCACCACUGGCUACCUGACUUUACAUUUGACCCUGACCCUUCCUCACCUGUACUCCCCUACUCUGACUGAUUUAAGCAUUGUGAUGAAAUAAGUCUUUUGCUUAUAUUUCUCCUUUUUUUAUAUUUCUCAUCUCAGCAUACUGAGUUAUUUAUUGAAUAGUUGAUUUUUCUUUUGCUUUUUUUUUUUAACUUACAUCAGUCACUUGCACUCCCCCGCCCUCCUUCCCACAGUCCCUUUCCACUUUAGACCUAAUUUUUCUCUCUUUGAUCUGGCUUUCUCCAACAGCGCCGGGGGGUGGGAAGCUCCUCUUAUUUAUAAGGGACCUUGAGCUUCUUGCUCUAAGUCCUCACUUUUUGCAUUAUGUGAUUCUUCAGUUUUGAUGCUGAUAGCUCCCUCUGGCACCACCUUAGCUCUGUGGCAUUAUGUCUUCUCUCCGGGACCCUUCAACCUGGUACUCCAUACCUCUUGUGCCCUCUCACUUUAGGCAGCUUGCACUAUUCUUGAACAAAUGAAGAAUUCUCUCAUUUGGAAUUAGGAGGGGCUGAAGAAAUUCUCCCCAGUCACCGUGAGACUGAGGGUCCUCCUGACAUCCCCCUGGUUAUAUGAGUUCCCCAAAGCUCACAUUCAGGAUCUCCCUCUAGGAUGUGAUAUAUCUCUUCCCGCUCCUCGAACAACCCUUGCCACUGCUCUCUACUCUCUUCAAACUGCCAGUCUACUCAGUGGUAGCUUUUCUCUCCGUGGAGUGCCCCAAUUUUAUAUUCUCAGGGGCCAAGGCUAGGUCUGCAGUCCUCUGUCUCUGACACGUUGGGAGCCACAGGUGCCUAACUGGGAACCAGGGCAUGGGAAGGGGGUGGGUCAAAAUUCUUCUCAUACUCUUCCAUCUUUCAAACUUCUUCACUCUAGUGACCUUCCUAGGCUCUCAGGGGCUCCUGCAGUCCCCAUCCUAUGAGAAACUAGUGCUUUGCUGUCUGGUGAUAAGGGGGUAUACAACCCCUCAGUCAUGCUGCCUUCUUCUCCCCCCCAGCAGGAUUCACCCUCUCAUUCUCGGGCUCCUGGGCCCUGUUCUUAGGAUCAGUGGCAGAGAGAAAAGGGUGUCUCUUUUCUCUCUAAAUUUCAGUAUAACCAAAAAUUAUCCCAGGACGAGCAAAGGCAUGUGCCCCUUACCCCAUUCCACUCUUGUCCCAGCAAGAAUAGGAUGGGCACAACUGAAAGGGGGUCAUCCGUUACUGCCCUCUUCUAUACUCAGCUCCCAGAUGUAGGGCAGGAGGGGGCACUCUCCUGGCUCCUGCAGAGAUCCCUGGCUAUUUGGGUAACCUAGUUAGUGAGAAGGGGGCAGGAGGAGAUACACUCCACUGCAAGUGGAGGUCUCUUUCUACGAGAAUUCCCUGCCCAAGGCCACAGCCAUCCCAUUCUCUGCUUCCUUGAGAUUCAAACCAAAGGCUGUUUUUCUAUAGUAAAAAAAAAAAAAAAAAAAAAAAAAGAAAAAGAAACUAAAAAA